AUGGACCGCGUCAACGACAUCCUCAGCGACCUUGAACUGAAAUCGCGCGCCCACCCCAAACCAACCCCCUACACCCGCCUCAACAUGUUCUGUCCCCGCUUCGACGUCCGCGAAACCGCUUCCGCCUACGAACUCCACGGCGAGCUGCCGGGCAUCGUGAUGCGUGAUAUCAAUAUCGAGUUCACCGAGGACCAAACGAUCACGAUCCGCGGGAAGAUCGAGCGGUUAUAUGAGAAGGACGAACGGAGAUUGCAUAUCCCUGGUAUUGAUAAAGGUGUGGAGCUUCCUAAGGACGGUGAGGAGGAGGUGAAGGAGGUGAAGACGAGAGAGGAAGUAUCGGCCGAUACGGCGAGGGCGAUUGCGGAGGGUGGGAAGUACUGGUAUCAUGAGCGUCAAGUCGGGGUGUUUGAUCGCAGUUUUAGUUUCCCGAUUAAAGUGCUGAAGGAGGAUGUCGAGGCGGAGAUGCAUAAUGGGGUGCUCAGUGUUAUCGUGCCGAAGUGGAGGAAGCCGGCGGGGAGGAAGAUUAGGGUUAGGGCGGUGGAGAGGAGUAGAGAGCAUAGCCGUGAACGAGGUCUAGCAAGAGGGUUUAGCAGGGAGCAGAGUCGCGAACGGCUUUCACGGGGGGUAAGUAGGGAGCAGAGUCCGGUGAAGGAGAGGAAUCAUAGUUGGGAGCCGGCUGAGAGGAGGGAAGUUAGUCGUGAACGUCUAUCCCAAGGAGUAAGUAGAGACAGGACACCCGAACGAGGCGUGGAGAAUACCGACGACCGGAAAACCCCCACCAAACUCGAAAAAAGAGUUAGUUUCUCGGACGGAAUGCAUAUGCGAGUCGCGCCACCUGCUCCGGAGGUUCACACGGCGUCGGAUGAUACAGAUUAUGAGGUUCAGAGGGUUCCGUCGGUUUUGAAGGCUGGUGGGAUGGGGUUGAGUCGACGGAAGCCGGUGAGACCUAGUGAGAAAUUGGAGAGGGAGGGGUCGAGGUUGAGUGGGUUUUUUAGGGGGGGUGUGAGGGAUGGGUGA